AUGGUUAGGAAAUUAAAACAUCAUGAACAGAAAUUACUGAAAAAGGUCGAUUUUUUUGACUGGAAGCAAGAUCAAGGGCAUAGAGAUACCCAGGUGAUGAAAACUUACCACAUUCAAAAUCGUGAAGAUUAUCAUAAAUACAACAAAAUAUGUGGUGAUAUUCGUCGCAUUGCUCAUAAGCUAUCGCUUCUACCUCCUACAGAUCCAUAUCGCUCUAAGCAUGAACAACUAUUACUAGAAAAACUAUACUCAAUGGGUAUUUUAGCAACAAAAUCUAAAAUAUCUGAUUUGGAAAAUAAAGUUACAGUAAGUGCUAUCUGUAGAAGAAGGCUUCCUGUUUUAAUGCACAGAUUGAAAAUGGCACAAAGCAUACCUGAUGCUGUCAAAUUCAUUGAACAGGGUCAUGUCCGUGUCGGUCCAAAUUUAAUCACUGAUCCUGCUUAUUUAGUCAAUAGAAAUAUGGAAGAUUAUGUGACUUGGACAGAUUCUUCUAAGAUUAAGAGGACAGUAUUGAAAUACAGAAAUCAAAUUGAUGAUUUUGAAUUAUCAUAA